UUAGUGGCCUUAUGUCACCCGUCAGUGCUGCCGCCUGGCGGGUGACCUUGGAGGGCCGAGCGGCCGGGGUCAGGGACGAGGGCAGUCUUGGUGCGGAGCUCGUGGUGGACGCUCGGCUGCGGUGCUGUUGUGCGUUAUGUCGUUUUACUAAUAACUGUCUUGACUUUGUGUGUUCUGCCAAUACACGGCAAGACAGUACAUUUUGGCGACGAGUGAGUGCGCUCAAGCGGAGGCGACCAUGGACGGGAUUCGUCCGCCGGGACCCUUCAUGGACACGGCCGCGGCUGGAAGUGUUCCUUGGAGUGCUUGGUAUGCGGAUUUUGAGCUGUACGCCACGACCAUCGGCUGGUCUCAGUGGGAUGAGGCCAGACAGCGCGCGCUUCUGCUGCACUGCCUCGGGCAGGAGGGUCGGCGGCGCUACCGGGUGGCGGAGGCGGCAGCGGUGCCUGCGGCGGUGCCAGCGGCGGAGCCAGCGGCGGAGCCUCAGGACGCGCCGCUGUCAGGUGACACCCGCACAGGAACUGACUCGGGAACGGACUCCCGGGUACAGGUGAAGUCGGAAGACGGGGGAAUGGCACAGUGUUUGUCACUCCUUCAGCAUUUGUUUGAUAAGCCGCGGGAUAUCAUGUCAGAAAGAGUAAAGUUCCGUAGGCUUCGGCAGAAGACUGGGGAGUCUACUGCCUCGUUCAAACACCCCCCCCCAGCAGGGCGCGGGUUAAGAGAGCAGAGUAGAUAUUGUGCAUUUGGAGCCUUGGAAGACGAGAUGAUUCGAGAUCAGUUUGUCGAGGGAUGCACGUCUGACCAUCUCCGUAAUCGUCUGUGCGCUGAGGACCAUCUGACCCUGCAGCGUCUGGAGUCAAUCGCCAUGGCCGACGACCGGGCGGUGGAGCGCCGGCGGCUGUUCGGGGGAGAUGACGGCGGGCAGCCGAGCCGGGCGGCGGCGGCAACCGAGCCGCUGGAGGUGGCCUACACGGCGCGAGAUAAGACACCAGCACAACGACCGCCGGUCGACAAAACAAAAGGCAAGUUCUGCUAUGCUUGUGGUCGCCGGGGUCACGUGUCUACUGAUGACUGGUGUCCAGCCAAGGGCCAAAAGUGUCGACGGUGUGGGACUGUUGGACAUUUCGCUGUACGGUGCCCUCAGAAACCUGCUAAGGAGGUGAGAGCCGUGGAGCCAGACGUAGUGGAAGUUCUGGCAGUCAAUCAAAACGACUCUGCUCUGCAGUUUAACGUCCGGCUGGACGGCAACUGGGUGACGAUGCUGGUCGACACGGGUGCGGCGGUGUCCAUCAUCCCUCGCCAGCUGUACGAGACCGCGCUGAGCCACAGGCCGCUGCUACCCACGACAGUGAACCUCCGGGCGUACGGCGGCAGCCAGCUGGUGGUGACGGGCGUCAUCACAGCAUCGGUGGAGACGGAGGACGGGCGGAGCUGCCAGGGCCGCCUGUACGUGGUGGACGGCGGCACGCCACUGCUCGGCAGGGACCUCCAGAAGAGUCUCUGCAUCUCCACCUGGCACGGCUCCACAGUGUAUGAGGUCGAUCGACAGCCGGGACGAUCCAGUGACGUGGAGGCCGGCAACGAUCAGGACAGCGCUACACAGAGAUGUUCCUGUUCUCGUACCGGAGUACGGUGCAGGCGACCACUGGAAGGAGCCCGGCUGAGCUGCUUCACGGACGACCAAUGAGGGGCAAACUCAGCGCGGCACUGGACGUCGGCGGACGUCAUCCAGCGAGACCUGGUGACCUGCAUGAGCACGUGAAGCGGAAACAAACCUAUCAGAAGACGUACUUCGACCGCUCCCACGGAGUCAAGACGCCCAGCUUCUCUGUGGGAGACCAGGUCCGUCGCCGGCUUCCUCCGCAGGCGCGGAAGGGGCAGCUCCGGUUUUCGGCGACGAAAAGGAUCGUGCAGCAGCGGGGGCCAGCGAGCUAUCUGCUGGAUGACGGCACCCGCGUCCACGCUGACCGCCUGACGCGGAGCGCCGGUAGCUGCCCAGCAGAGGUCGACGGCCGGAGAGACGAGCCGGUGCAGCCGGACGGUGCAGCUGACCGGACGGGACCGACUGACGCGGAGCUGGAGUCGUCUGGCGGCCGCGACCGGCUGGAGCAGCAGGAGCAGGACAGGCUGGAGGCGAUACCGGAACCAGAGACAACUGACAGUCACCUCCGGCUGGACGGGCAGCAGCUGGACGUGCCGCCGGCGCCCCUGGAGGCGGACGAAACGACCAGCGGCCGCUCGUCGACGCAGCCUGACACUGGGACGGCGACAGGGACUGGAGGGCGACGGACGCGAACCGACCUUCAGCAAGGGCAGACGAGCACGGCGGAGGAGGAGUCUGGUGUCGUCCGACCAAGGCUGCCGGAGACGGGCACAGGAGUGACAACGAGAUCGGGAAGAGCUGUUCGCGCUCCAGUGUACUAUGGAUUCAAUACUUAACCGGUUGUCGUACUGUAAUAAUCGCCUGAGGUCUCGGAUGUGGUUCUGCUUUUGCGUCUGCUGUACUUAGAAGUUCAGUUACUUUGCACUUAACUGGCACGGGCGAAUAUGAGCUGUGAAAUGAAGUCACUAUUUUUGUUGUAGGGGAGGAGGAAAUGUAGUAUUUAGUGGCCUUAUGUCACCCGUCAGUGCUGCCGCCUGGCGGGUGACCUUGGAGGGCCGAGCGGCCGGGGUCAGGGACGAGGGCAGUCUUGGUGCGGAGCUCGUGGUGGACGCUCGGCUGCGGUGCUGUUGUGCGUUAUGUCGUUUUACUAAUAACUGUCUUGACUUUGUGUGUUCUGC